AUGACAGACAUUGAACAGUACAAGGAUCCAAUAUUAUCGUUGGUGACAGAUCCAAAUUUGAACAAGGACCAGCUAAAGUCCAACCAGCUAAGAAAACUAAUACGCGAAAUCAGUGUCCGUAAAAUCAAUAAACUAUGUUCCUCCAGUUUUAUUGUUCUUCAAACUUUAGAAAAGAUCCAGCUAAAAUUCAAGAGCUGGGAGUUCCUCUCGCUUGAGUAUAAUUCAGAAGAGCAUUUUGCUCACAAGGACGAUAAGAUAAGAAUAUUCAAUACCGGUGUUGCCGAUAAAGUUAUUAAUGCAUGCACGGAACUUAAUAUCAAGAUGGUUAAAAUCUCCCUGGAUAUAGAUUUAUUAAGUAAGCUGUCCAAGACUUUGAAUCUUUCGGAGUUAAUGAGUGACGAUGGCGCCAUGUUGACAAGUUUGCUACUUCGUAUUAUCAAAUCUAAAAACGAGGUGAUUGAGCAAUUGUCGAUUUUCUACUCGAAAGCGAAAUUAAUUUUGAUUGGACGAGAUUUGGAGAUAUUAAAUGAAGGAGAGGGAGACGAAAACACAGUAGAUUAUUACAAAACGUUCAUUGUUGAGCUUCUACGACAAUUGAAUGAUGCUAUAAAUGAAAAUGAUUUUGAUGCAAAAUACGAGUGCUUGGCCGUGAUCAAUGAUUUGGAAAGGAUGUUUGAAAAGUACAAGAUGGAAAGAAUGAUAGAUAAGGGCAUCGAAGAGUAUGAUAAUCAACAAAAACAGAGACAGAGACAGAUUCCACGUUAUCACCAAGAGGACGAGGACAACCAUCAUCAUCAUGAAUCAGCUUCAACGGGCAUGACUGACGCACAUUCAAUUUUUGAUGAAGAAUUCCCUUCGAGUAUGGGUGAGCCACACAGCCCCGAGGAUACAUUUUCAGAAUAUUCCAUGUCUGCAGUUUCUACUGCUCAAUUGCCUUUGGUUCACUCAAUAACAAACCAAGGUAGCAACAGAGCUAAGGACUCCGUUUAUGAUUAUGGUUCAAGUAGUAUGUAUAAGUCAACCAUUUCAGAGGAACUACCAUAUUUGAUGACGGCGUUCAGCUCAGCAAAGAAUUUCAAAGAAGACGUUAGUCAUUAUAAACAGGAAGAAGAGGAAGAGGAGAUUGAGGAGCAGAAGAAGGAUGAGCGCGAAACUAGAAUGAAGAAAUCAAAUAAGAAUAGGCAAAAUACACCACAAUCAGCACAGCAGCAGAUGCAGCAGCAACAGCAACAGCAACAGCAACAACAGCAACAACAACUACAACAGCAACAACAGGAACAACAACAGGGGCAGCAGGUGAAGAAGCCAUUCUUUCAUAAAGCGAGCGGAUUGCCAAAUAGUAACUUAUACGCAGACGCUCGCCUUAUUCAGCAACAGCAAGUACCUAGUCCAAUUUUAAAUAACUCACUAUUAAGGACGUUGGGGAUUAGACCACAAGUUAUAAGUAUACCCCAAAAUAGCAUAUUCAAAAACGAGAAGGAGACAAACAAAAAGCAAGAAGAGGUGAACGAAUUUGGUUUCCAAAAAAAGCGGUUGCUUUUGACAGAGGAAAACGUGCAUCAUUUAAAUCGUGAUCUUGUUGAUUGA